AUGGUGGCCUGUGAUGGGGCAGAGUGUCAAAGGGAGUGGUUUCACUUGGAAUGCGUGGGUUUAGAACACGAGCCUAAGGGCUCCGGUAAGUUGAUUUCAAGUUUUAAUCUCCAUACUGGCUAUCUGGGUAAGAGAAGGGCUAACCAUAACAAACAGCGAAAUGGUAUUGUGAUGAAUGCAAGGAGCGAUGGCGGAUAUGUAGACUUUUAUACCGUCGAAUGUACCUAG